AUGGCUAGCAGUCAAUCACCUUCGAAAGGCCACCAGAACGUUUUUUCGCGUUUUUUUCAACGUUUGAAAGGCUCGAAAAAUGUUCGACACCAAGACAAACAAAAUGAUGCGAGUCAAGCACAAGCCACCAUUGAGCAGCAAACAGCAGAUGCCAUUGCAGCCCAAGUGAAGGCUCCGCCAAUUAAUAAUAAACAACAUAAGGUAAAACUUUCACCCUUUUCACCACCGAAUUUGUUAAACGACAAUCACAAUGGCUCCUCCUAUCACUUUUUACAGGACUUUUCCCGAGCCAGAUGCAAGAUGUUUUUUCCAACAUCAGGUCGUAUGGGCUUUGAUAAAAUCAAAACAUCGACUGAAUUCCCUCCAAUCGAGACCGUACGCGAAAUGAUUACUUAUGAAACAAGCAUCCGACUAUCCGAGCCGAUUCAAGAACUAAUGGACUUUUAUCACAACGAUGAAGCUUCGUUGAGGUUAGCUCUACUUCUGCACAUAAUCUCGUACUCUAAAUUUACUUUUGCUAUGAAAUUGAAGUCAUGUGCUCGAUCUCAUCCAACAACAUGUCGUGGAACAUUUUGGAUAUCAUGA